UCGAGUGUACGCAGCCCAGUGUCCGUCUGUCUUGUCGUGGGCGUGACGUUCAGCAGCGGCAGGAACAGCAACGGGAACCUUGAUCUGCGUCAGUUUUCGUGCGGCGGGGUGACGUGCCGCUGCUGUGAGGUUAUCGGACCACACCACACCACAGCACAGCACAGCACAGAGGAAGGAGAGGCGUUGACGAUCCAAAGGCCUGACUCCACAGCGGGAAUGAGCCUCGUCUACCUUGCACUUAACGGACAAUGCUCACUACCAACACCUCUGCCUCCGCCACCGCCACUGCCGCCGUUGAGGGAGACUGGCUGGAUGAGUGGGUGAUAGAGGCGAGGCAGGUGUGGUGAGGCGGAGGAUUGGAGACGAGAACUUACAGAUGACGGCAGACACGGAAGAUUCCACUUACCAGGAGUUGGUGAUCCGAAGCCGUGACUGCAGCGAUCCCGUGCGUCCUGCACCAUCAGGGAAGGACUCUCUCUGGCUUCGCACUGCGCCUACAUUGACCGUUGCCGCCGCCGCCGCUGCUACCGCUACUCGGAGGGGCAUUGCCUCGCAUUGGGCCUUCACUGCCGUCCCGCUAAUACGUGCCGCCGUCGCCACUACUGGCACUGAGGGACUUCGCCUCGCAGCGGCCUGGCAAACACCUGCUACACCACCACCACCACUAACUCCACCACCGGAGUCCAGAGAUUCAGCUUCGCAUAGCAGACAUCCUCCUAUUCAACGCUUGCUGCCACUACCACCUCAUUAUGGUGGUGUCACUGUACUUGGAUCUGUUGUCACUACUGAAUAAUAAUGUGUAAAGAAA